AUGGGAAAAAAUUCAUUUGGGGAUCACUCAUUACCAGAUGGUGUAUUUAAUCCACUGGUCUCACUGAGGUAUUUAGACAUGUAUGACAACAUAGGAGAAAUGACAAGCUACCCGGAUGUUCAAAUAAGUGAUCUUAUUAACCUUAAGCAACUUGUUAUAAAUGGUUUUGAUGGUAAAAUAUUUGAAACAGGAUUUGGGAAGCUGCAGCAGUUGGAAUAUUUGUUAUUACAACCGUGUCGAUACCAAAAGCUGACGAAUGAAACAUUUGCUAAUCUGAGAAACUCGCCGAUAUCGUAUCUGUUGUUAAAGUGUAAUCUCGUUUCAGUUGAUACUGAUGCUUUUUUGCCACUUCAGUCAUUGACAACUCUGGAUAUUAGCGGAAACAAUUUGAAGAUAUCGAGCUUAUUACCAUCUUUUCAUGUUUUCUAUGGCCGUAAUAUGUCAACUCUAUUGCUUCACCGUAAUUAUCAAUCGAACGAAGGAGUUGAUACUAUAACAAAGAACAAUUUGAUGACACUGGGAAGUAUUUGUGUAUCUACUAUUGACUUACAUCGAAACCGAAUACUCGAUAUACAGAUAGGUGACCCAUCAACAAUGCCAUAUAUACAUUGUUUACAAAAUCUAAAUCUAGCAGAAAAUGCAAUAAGUCCUAGAAUCUUUUUCACACCCCCGAUGCUUUUUUUAUCAUUUUCAAUGAAAAAUUUGAGAACAUUGGACAUUUCGAAACAAAGAUUAUAUUAUAAAACACAUAUCAAAAUAGACAAAUUAUUGACAACAAACUACACAAGUAAUAAUAUAGCUUUACAUAUAACUAUUCCGGAAAAUUUAGAAUAUCUUAAUGUUUCAAACCAGAACUACGUUUCUACUAAAUUUAACUGGGAUGUCUUCAUUACACAAGGACACAAAUUGAAACAUUUGGAUGUUGCUAAUAAUAAGUUUACGUCAUGUGCCGGAACUGCUAGAGGUUUAUCUAAUUUGAUAAUGCUGAAUUUUUCUGGUUCAUCAUGUUCUGAUUUACCUUUAGACUUUUUCAACUUCUUCCCAAGUCUACAGAAACUUGUUUUCCAAAGAGCAGACUUGAGAUCAGUAACAGCAAUUGAAAGAUAUUCAAAAUUACUUUAUAACAUGCUGAAUCUGUCAUACGUUGAUUUCACGGGAAAUGGAAUAAAAUUGAUAAAUACAAAUCUUUUUACUAAACAGAAAAGAUCAUUGGAAACACUUAUCUUGAAAAAUAACAAGCUCACAUCCGUUCCUUUAAAUGCUAAAGAUUUCCCGAAACUUUCAACCUUGGAUUUAAGAUCUAACAAUAUAGAAUAUUUUCCAGAGAACAUCAUGAAUGAGAUAGAUGAAGCUUUACAAUUGACUGAAAAAAGAAAGCAUUUUAGGAUUCACCUUUUCGAGAAUCCAAUACAAUGUAAUUGUGAAACGCUGAAGUUUAUUGCAUGGCUAAAUGAAAGGAAGAUAUAUUUGGACAAUCAUGGAAAUUAUACCUGUAAAUUUACCGAUGGAAGCUUCACUUCCACAUCAUGGAUAUAUCGUAACCUACGAGCAAAUCAGAUAGAUUGUAUGGCAAAAACUUGGCUUUUGAUUUCUGCUCUUCUGACAUUUUCUCUCCUUGUACUAAUACUGAUAAUUGCAUGGUCGUAUAAGUAUAGAACAGCGCUUAAAUAUUGGUAUUACAAUAUACGUCGUAAAUACAGACUUCUUCACGAUACAGACAUUAUAAGGCGUAAGUAUGACGCAUUUAUUGCCUAUCAUCAAUCAGACUAUAAAAUUGUUAAAACAAAAAUUGUGCCUUUUUUGGAAGGCGAAAAAGGUCUGAAUUUGUGUAUCCACCAACGAGAUUUUUUGUCAGGAUUAUAUAUUGCUGACAAUAUAAUGGAUGCCAUGAAGAAUAGUAAAAAGAUUUUAGUAUUGAUAACGAAGAAUUAUCUUGAUAGUAAAUGGGGGAAAUUUGAGCUAGACAUGGCGAGAAUGCAGCUAUUUCAAGAAGACAGAAAUCUGCUUAUUAUAGUAAUGAUAGAAAACAUACCACCUUCUGAUAUGCCGAAGCCGUUACUUGAUAUUUGGGAACGCAUCACGUGUAUUAAAUCUGAUGACAGUUUCUGUAAUGAUAUUAUUCCUACAGAAGGCUUGUACGCCUGGAAGCAACUUUAUGAAUCUAUAAUAAGUUUAUAA